CCACGUUCUGUCAAAUACACGUGGUAGUGUUAAUAGUGUAUUCGUCGCUCUUCACCGAUAAUAAAAUGAAGGUUUUUUUAGUUAAUAUUUAAGAAAUCACAGCCAUAACAAUGUCCACUUUCAAAUUUAACUUCUCCAACGAUGGGGAUGCUCCGGCAGAUAAUAUAGACAAGGCAAAUGAACAAAUUGUUUGGUUAGAAUGUGAAGAAGUUACACCAAACAAACAAAUAGAGGAUAUCGAGGAACUCUUAGCCCAUGCUAGGAUGUUCGCCUGCGGUGAUGUGGAGAUAGGUCAUGUGGUGGCUACGGAGGCACUCAACAAAAUGUACACUGGAGAUAGUGAGUUCAAAAAUGCUGUUGAACUAGCAGAGAAAGAACACAAAGACCUAGUUGCCGGUAAAUACGAAGGUGGUCUGAAAAUCUGGGAAUGCACAUAUGAUUUAAUAGAAUACCUCGAAAAUCUGACGGGAAUCCAGUUUGAAAAUAAAAAAAUACUAGACCUUGGUUGUGGUGCUGGUAUUCUCGGCAUUUACACAUUUUUAAAGGACGCCUCUGUAACAUUUCAAGAUUAUAACAAAGAAAUUCUUGAGUGUGUGACAAUACCCAAUGUUUUACUUAACAUUGAAGAAAAUGAAAACACACUAGACAUAAAGAAAUGCAAAUUCUACUCCGGUGACUGGGCCUCAUUCAACAAUAAACUGGAAGACACUGAAGUUUUUGACAUCAUAUUGACAUCUGAGACCAUUUAUAAUACCACAAAUUAUGAUAAACUAAUUGAUCUCUUUGUAAAAAGAUUAAGCAAAGAUGGAGAAGUGUAUAUUGCGGCAAAAACCUGCUAUUUUGGAGUGGGUGGUGGCAUGAGACAAUUUGAAGCAACUGUAGAGAAAAAUGGGCUUUUGGAAAGCAAAGUCUGUUGGAAAAGUUCAGGGGGCAUUCUUAGAGAAAUAUUAAAACUGACCAAGAAGAUGUGACAUUUAUUUAUUUAAAUUAAGUAUAAAAGCUUUGUAAAACAACAA